AUCAUGGUGGAAUGAUCCUUCCGAUGCUUGGAGUAGGAAGAAAAAUGGUGGUAAGCGCAGUUGGGCCAUGUUGUCUGCUUCUAUGAUAAACCUUCUGGCUCUGCUCGUGGUAUCGCCCCUAUCAGCGAUCCUUCUGUUUCCUGCCAACACUCAGUUCACAGCCCUCACGGUCUUCAACAAGAUGCAUGAAGUGCAAGAUCUCAUCACCUCUCCAGCUGCAUCUGAAAUGGUCACGUUUCGAGCGACCAUCGCUGCCGUGCUUAAUCAAAGUACCUCUACCUGGGUUUCGACUGAGUAUGCAGUUGUUCCCUUUUGGCCCUCUACCUUCGGUGAGCCACCCAUGGGAGCCAUAUUUACAGCAAUGUCCCCUCAAAACUGGUCUAGUCGAGCUACAGUUUACCAGGUUGAGCUGGAGUGCGUGCCGAUGUCACUUAUUCAAAUUGGCAACGUUACAUGGACAGAAAAUCUGCUUUCGGAUAUGACUGAAGCAUUCAGCAAUAUCACAUACGAGGCCACUUCCGAUGACGGGUGCUCGAUCGUGUUCUCUGGUGUACCAGGUAUCGAUAAAGUGUUGGAUAAUAGCGGAGGCUGGUGGGCACCUGCACCAUACGAUAGCCUUUCACAAGGUAUGACGACAAACAACGCAACUCUGUCGACUUGCGCAAACCGCAGUAUGCUGCUCAUCGGAUCUGCUUCCAAUAUGGUAACUGGAAAUUGCCACGGGUACUGUUUUGGCGAAGACGCUCCAUCCUUCGAUGCAAAAAUUAUGCUUUGCUCGAGUCAAUAUUUCUCGGGCUCGGUCGAUGCAACUGUUCUCAUUAAUCAAACUUCCACGUCUGUUGUCUUCGAUGCCGAGAACUAUCGGCACAAUCGUGAACGGCCUACUGAGACUAUCUACAACACUUCCCUAGUAGAGAGUACGUUCUUUGCUUCCAACUGGUCAGCAAAAGUUGGACGUAACUAUGGCACGCUAUACAACAACGGCGAUGAGCCUUGGUAUGGCGGUCCUUUGUCAGCUAUCGCUGCAGGCCCUAAGUACAACAUGGACCCUCACAAGUUGUUCAGCAGUACAAGCCUGCUAUCGGAUGUCACGAACUUGCUUCAGCAGUUUCUAGGCGAGAUGCUUAUGGAGGCAUGGAAGCAAGAUUCUAACAGAGAUCAAUCUACCUUCUCUGCUGGUACAACAACAUCCAGGNUUAGAAUCAUAACAAGCCAUGGCGUUGGGGUCACGCUGGGAGUAUUGCUUCUUCUCUCUAGUCUUCUGAUGCUUCAUGUUUACUGUACGACGCGUUUAUUACGAAGGCCUCUCGGUCUAGACCAAGAUCCUGGAAAGAUAGAGGCUGCUGCUUCGUUGCUUCUGGGAGAUCCACUCUUGAGAGACAAGCUUGAUCAUAUCGAUACACUGUCACGAGAAAAAUUGACUUUGCGGCUCGAAGGAUACGUCCUCGGCAUGAUCGGUGGAAAGCUUAGGAUCUUGAGACACGAAGAGGAUGACCAAUCAGACNGAUGGUUGGUUCAAUUCCGCCCCCGCAAGAUCAUCAUUAUAACUUACUCGAUCACAGACAAGAUACUGCCAAGUCUUGCCCCACCAGCGGGUGAUUCACGACCAAGCUUCCUGAGGCUCCGAGUCGGCAUACCAUUGUUGUGCUUUCUAUUGCUGCUUCUCGUAGGUCUGAUUGUGCUGUAUAGGCUAUCUCUAACCACAGGCUUGUACCAGGCAUCUCUACUUUACCAGAUCCACAUAGAUCUUGCUCACACCCCAGCGACACUUGCUCCGUAUUCGAUCAUCCCGACUUUCUUGGCCAUCUGCGCCAAACUAUGGUUUGCAACAGCAGCUGAUGUUGUUCAACGAUACCAACCAUACAUCGCAAUGGUCAAAAGACCCACAGAGUUGUCCAAGUCCGUGUCGGUGGAGUACCUGAACACACCUACUGCAUUGGUUCCACUCAAGGCUCUCAGACGCUCGCACUGGUUACUUACGUUGGUUGGUGUCGAGUUGCGACAAGUUGAUCGAGCAGUAAAAGCGAUUACACCUCUAGUCAUCCGUACCGAGCCAAGCACUCGAAACAUGUUGAUGAAUGAUGACUUCUACCUUAUGAGUCCGAAUCAAACACGCGACUUGUUCAUACCUGACCUAUACGACGUGUCUUUGCAGAGCUGGCUUUACGCUGCCACAAUCGAGAUCACACAAUCGGCAGCUACACCAGCAUGGAGCAAGGAUGUCUGGAGCUUUAUACCCCGGAACUUCUCAAACGUUGCCGAUGUGGAUAGUGGAUCUAAUCGCAACACCACCGUAUCAACAACAGCCGUGAAGGCUAGUCUUGUUUGCCAUACUCAAGCCUACCCAGGCGACCCGUCUCUCUGGCUGACCAAGAUUGACUUUAAGAAUUCGGCUGGAGAUGGUAAACCAUUGUGGAACGAAACGAACAGCCCAUCUGGACUUGACUAUGGCUAUAUCUUGCAGAAUCUGACCGACGCAACUCUUAAUAUGGAGGCAAUAAACUGCUGUGCUAAUGAGACUUCAGCGGGCGUCGGAGGUGCCGCUGUUGGAUAUUGGUCCAAUGCGAACGGACCGGAUUUGACUUCUACCUGGAUCGAUGGAUUUCCCCUGGCAGGCUACUACACCCCAUACUACACAGUGAACAACAACUACUCCUCAUCCCCGGAAGCCUCUAAAGAUUCAAUCAGCAUUGUUGGGCCCAUGGUUCCUGAGCUUUUCGUCUGGCAAGAAGCUCCCAAGAUGGCGGCUAUCAGUUGCGAACCACGUAUCGAGGAGGCGGAGGCAGUGGUCACUGUUGAGAUGAAUACGGGCGUAAUAUUGGACUACCAGAUCACUAGCGCGUUACAUAACGCCACUGGAGCUUGGGCAUAUCCCUACACUCAAGAAAAUCUGACAAGGAUAAGCACAACAUAUGAUGCUGAUGGCAAUCAGCAGGAUUUUGAGGAAAAGUACAUCAGGGUCAAUGCAAGUUGGGGUUACAUCUUCUGGGAUACCCUCAUCAGCUCCGGUCAACAAGGUGACUGGUUUCGCUUCCAAGACCGUGGUCUGAAUGUCGACUUGAUGUCGUAUUCGAUGCUUCACCUUGCAAACAACGACCAACAGGCUCUCUUGGAUCCCGAAACACUCAUGAAAACCGCCAAUCAGACAUUCGGGAUCUUCUUCAAACACUUCGCAACCUUCAACCUAAGCGAGAAUCAGGAAAGCUACGCCUACGAGCCACCAGACUAUUUCAGAAAGUCGUAUGAUCCAAUCGACGCAAACAUCAGUACUCCAAUCGAAGAACUACGUAUGUCGCCAGCUGCUGCCAUAUUGAGCAUGUCAAUCCUGGUCUUUCUGAUCAUCACGACGAUCAUCUUAUACUUUGCCAACCGGAAAGAAUACAAAGCAAUACCUAGAGACGGGGAUACGUUAGCCAGCACGCUUGGCUGGGUAUACGCCAGUGACAGACUUCUCACAUGGACUGAGCAUGCACCACCAUCGCAACCUUGGUAUAAGUACUUGCUUUCGGACCCCUCAUCAGUCGGAAGGCAGCAUAAAGCGAAAAUGGGCUUCUUCAUGGAUUCUCAUGGCACGCAGCGCUGGGGUAUCGAGUUGGUUGAUGUCGAACUCACCACGACGAUCUUGAACACCGAAAAUCGAGAUGGAAUGCAAAAUCUAGAUUGUGCUACGGAAGACAUAGAGCUGCGCGAUUACAGAAGCUCAAAUAGCACUGAUUUCGAAGUUCAUGCAGACUCAGAUGUUCGGGAGAGACUGUUGCGUGCUUCUGAGGCUGAGGUCGAGGCAAAUGGUGGGGCGGAGGAGCGUUUCCAAGAUACUGAUCACGACAGCAGAGCAGAAGAUGACCGCGUGAGCUUGGGCCCCUCACAAAUCUCAAAGACGAGCAGCUCCAGUUCUCAGCAA